AUGGCGAGCAACGACAUCUCAGACAUCAAGACACCGCCGUCCUGCACGGCAGACUUUUGCCUCAUCCCACUAGGUACACCGACAGCGAGUGUGUCGAAGGAAGUUGCGGAGGUGCAGAGGAUCUUGAAGAGGAGUGGACUGAACUACUCUAUGCAUUCGGCAGGGACUACACUUGAGGGCUCAUGGGAUGACUGCAUGCGAGUCAUUGGACAGUGCCAUGCUCUGCUUCAUCAGAACGGUGUUGUGAGGAUCCAGAGUGACAUCAGAAUUGGUACCAGAACGGACAAGAAGCAAGGCUUCAAAGACAAGGUCGAAGCUGUUGAGAAGCUGUUGAAGGACGAUAACUGA